UUUCAUUUUUAUGAUUUUCAUACAGAGAACGCUUUCAAUUUGUAUACCUCCCAACCACUGCAUUGAGGAUAUGGAAUAUAGCGAUGCUAAGGAAAGUUUCACUUAUGUAUUGUCCAAAUAUGCGGAAUUGGAAAUGAAAAUUACUGGUGAGCCCCUGGGUUUGCAUGGCAAACUCGUCACGCAUGGCAACAUCGAGGAGCAACACAUAGUGUUCCAGCUGAUGGAUAAUACACCGCACGACGUCAUUCAGAGCUGCGUGUUUGUGGUGACCAAGAUACCUGGUGAGUGUGAGUCGAUUGUCACUGUCUGUAACACAUUCCUGGCUCGCACUCCGCGACCGCUGCUGGAGCGCAAGCCACUGAUGGUCUGUGAGGAUGGCGUGCGCGAAGCGGAAGUGGAAGUGCCAGUGGAACCGGAAGCCGAGGACACAGAGAACGUCAAUGAGGGCAAGGAGGAAACAGCUGCCACAGCGCCGGAUGUCGAUGUGACCAGCGUCAGUGAGCUCAUCUAAGUUAUUCUGGGCAAUAAAGACAAAUUGUAAUGCCCUGUUAUUGAUUGAACAAAUGGAACAAGUUGUAUUAGCUGAACA